ACUCUGAUUUGCUCUGGUGAAGAGUCCGACCAUGGCAACAGCUAAGAUUGUGGGUGCUGUAGUGGGAUCGUUUGCAAUUGCUUACGUAGUGGAUCAUUUUAUUGCUGACAAGAAGCUGUUUGGAGGUACCACCCCCAAAACUGUUUCAAACAAAGAAUGGCGCGAAGAAACUGAUAAGAAGUUCCAGGCAUGGCCACGCACAGCAGGACCCCCAGUGGUGAUGAACCCUAUCAGUCGCCAGCAUUUUAUUGUGAAGAAUCGCACUGAAUCAUAAAGUUGGUGCAUUUUGAAACUC